AUGACGGAUGCACUAAAAAUAUGUGAGAUAGCGGCGGAUCUAAAAGACGAAUUGGAGCGAUUUCGGUUCAGUAGAAAGCGCUCAACAAAUGCCUUGAUAUUGAAGAUUGAUCCGGUGAAACAGCUCAUUAUAUUGGAUCAGAAGCUUGAGGAUUGUGAUCCAGAUAUGAUUUGUGAUGAAUUACCUGUGCAACAGCCGCGGUAUAUUGUAAUAAGCUACGAACGUGUACACGACGAUGGCCGUCUUUCAUAUCCACUAUCUCUUGUCUUCUAUAGUCCGUCAGGAUGUAAGCCACAAUUGCGAAUGAUGUAUGCUGGUAGUAGAAACAAUUUGGCGAGAAAAUGUGAACUGAAUAGGAACCUAGAAAUUCGAGAACCAGACGAACUAACAAGGGAGUUAUUGGAACUAAAGCUGUAG